UUCUAUCUCUCUCUCCUCGUUCUUCUGCUUCCCAUUUUCGUCGUUUUCCUAACUCCCGCCUACUUAUAAAGCGCGACAUCGUCCCAACUACUUCUUGCAAAAGGAACUCUUUCGUCCACUCGUUCCAUGUGCCCAUCAUGCCCCGCUCUCCCCCACCACCUCCCCCCGCCGCCGCCGACGCCGCCGCCGCCGCCGCGCCCCCGCCGCAGGCCCUGGACGUGGAGUCCGACUUCGUGGUCAUCCUCGCCGUCCUCCUCUGCGCUCUGAUCUGCGUGGUCGGCCUCAUGGCCGUCGCCCGCUGCGCCUGGCUCCGGCGCUACCACCCCGGCGCCGCGGCGGCGGCGGCGGCGUCGAGGCCCCCCCCGGCGGCCAACAGGGGGCUCAAGAAGAAGGCGCUGCAGUCGCUCCCCAAGGUCGUGUACGGCCUCGAGGGGGCGGGCGCCGCCAGGUUCCCGGUGGAGUGCGCCAUCUGCCUCGGCGAGUUCUCGGAGGGGGACGAGGUGAGGCUCCUGCCUCAGUGCGGCCACGGGUUCCACGUGGGCUGCAUUGACCCGUGGCUGGCGUCCCACUCGUCGUGCCCGUCGUGCCGGCGGAUCCUGGUCGUGGCGCGGUGCCAGAAGUGCGGCCAGUUCCCGGCGGUUCCCGGCGACGGGACGGAGGCUCAGCUCAAGGCGAGAGAAGACGGGGGUAACAGCCACAGUUUCUUGCCUUGAGGAGAAAAAGGGGCUCUCCUCCUUCUCCUUCAUCUCCUUCAUCCUCUGUUAGUUUGAUUUUCUCUUCUUCUCUUCCAGGGUUGCUGAGGAUUGACCUCGGUCAAUGAGUUUUGUACAUGUGAUCAGAAAGUUAGGAACAGCGCUGUAAUAAGGGAUUUUUACUAGGUGAGUUCACACCACUCAUUGACACGUGGAAAACUAAAUGUUAUACACACAUUUCGCGUAUUCGAU